AUGAGGUCGAUCUUCUACGACAUAGACCCAGGCGGCGACAUCGAGCUUAUACUGAAAAGCCCGAACAAGCAGGACAUAGUGCCAGAGGAUACCUUUUAUCCUUUCCCUUCCCAACAGUCCAAUCCUUCUGAGUUUCUCAACCCGCCAUGCCUUGGCCGAUAUGAGGUCUUCGGCGAGCUGUCGCCCGGUGACGAAGGCGAGACUCCAGAAGCCGAAGUUCGUAUGCGGGUAUCUUCCCGACAUCUAAUAAUUGCUUCUCACACAUUCCGAGCUAUGCUUGAAGGGCCUUGGAUUGAAGCAGCUCUAUCACCUCAACCCAUUCGGCAGAUAUCAACCGAGGACUGGGAUGCCCUUGCUCUGGCUAUCGUUUUGGACUGUAUUCAUGGGCGUCACUUCGAGAUACCAACCAAGAUCAGUCCUGGAUUAUUGACUAGGAUCUCAACCAUUGUUGACUAUUACCAAUGCCGUGAGGCCGUACAAGUUCAUUAUCACACAUGGACCGAAGACAGUGUCUGCAGACUGCCAGACGAGGAAGAUGAUGAAGAAAUAAAGGUCAUGUGGCUGUUUGUCUCAUGGGUAUUCCAUGAUGAGAUUCGAUUCCGCAAAAUGGCGGAUAUGUUUCUGCGUUACAGCAAAGGAAUGUCCCAAUUUGAGACCAAUGAUCUUCCUGUCAGCGGCAUUCUCGGAAAACUCGACAACAUAAGACAAACCCUAUUACAGAAACUCUCAGAGGCCCUAGACUCUCUCCAAACGAAGUUGAUGGUUGAGGAGGGCUGCGAUGAAGAAAACAACUCCAACUGCAAUGCCGUCCUGCUAGGUAUAUUAAUUCGUGAAAGGUACCACAUCGCGAACGAGUUCGGUCCUCUCGUUGCCCCAUUCCAUAAAUGCACCUUAGACAAGAUAUUGGGAUAUAUCGAGUGCGUGGAUCGACCAACGCCGCAACACCAUAAGGACUUCAAGAAGUAUGAGGGCAAAUUCGCCCCCUGCACUAUUCAGGGAAUAUUGAGGCCAGUCUUGGAGGAGAUAGAUAAAGCGACAAAGGUUAUUUGUCUGGCUGAUUUCCAAUCUUAA